GAUGAAAAGGCAGCGACUCCAGGUAUCCCCCCAGUGGAUCCGACUGAGACGCGACAGCCUCUCGUAAUCGGCAUGACAGUCACGGCACUAUUCCUCUCAACUUUCGUCACGGCCCUUAGAGUCCACGUCCGCGCUUUUCUGUUGAGGAAAUGGGGCUGGGAUGAUUCAGCGUUGGUGGCAUCUUCUGUGCGUUCACAAACCCGAGAUGGCAUCAAAGUCGACCACUGACCGCUGACUGUUCGGAACCAAGGUUCUUGUCUUCAUUGUUGGACUUCUGAUGCUCAUAAAUACUCACUUUGGCGAUGGAUUACAUCAAGCUUCUUUGCCUAGGGACAAGUUCCUCAAAUCUCAAGAGAUCGCAAUCACGGCCGUCGCCAUCUAUCAAGUCGCCUACCCAUUGAUCAAAUCAACCUUUCUUCUUCAGUACCGGCGCGUCUUCCCAUUACCGGCCUUCCAAAAGUUAUGUAAUAUCUUCUUAAUCUUUAUAAUCGCCUUUGGGGUAUCGCAGGUGGUUUCAAUCUGCCUGGCCUGUAUCCCACUCAAGAGCCUCUGGGAUCACACAGUACCCGGCCGAUGCAUAAGACUUCUCGACUGGUGGAUCAUCGGGUCGUCGAUAAACCUCUUUACCGACAUCGUCAUCUUCCUCAUGCCAGUGCCGCUGCUGCGGACAAUCCGCCUACCCAUGAGGCAAAAGGUGGUCCUAAUGGCGACGUUUGGACUCGGCUUCUUCACUUGCGCGAUCUCAGUCAUCCGCCUCACAACGCUGAAGAGCUCAUCAACAUCCACCGAUGCAACAUACAACACCGUCAUUGCCGGAAUCUGGUCAAUAACAGAGCUAAGCUGCGCCAUAAUCUGCCUCUGCGUCCCGACCCUCCGCCCUCUACUCGGCGGGCAGAACUCGAGAGCGCGACCGCCCUCCUACCUCCGACCCAACAUCGAAGAGAGCGCCGAUACAGAGCUCUACACGCAGUCCGACGGCGACGGCGGGGUAAAGAGCAAGACGAGGCGCUCACGAACCGAUUCGUGUGAACACCCGACCAGCGACCACAGAGAGAUCUAUCACGACGUGGAAGCCGGCGGCGGUCGAGCUCCGCAUCCGCGGAUAGAUCUUAGCGACGUCCCCGGGAUCCUGCCCCCUCCCGCGGUGCACAUCACACCGUAUCAGGACUCGUCCCCAUACGAAGACUCGCCGCAGCGAGAGACGACGAUACCCCUAACGAGGGUCGAGACCGAGGAAGGCGUACGGUUCCUAUGCGUCGACGGUCCCGAGGCAGAACUGCCUACACCACUGAAGCCUCCACCGCGGCGGCAUACCGACCGUGGACCCAGCCCGGAGGAUGGAGGCUACUUUGGCGCUGUCAUAUGGGACGCGUCAGGUCAGCCGCGGCUUCCUGGCGUGUCUCCCGUGGCGUCGAGGAGCAGCUUGGUUCGGGAUAAAGGGGAUUCUGACAAGCCUAGCUAGCUGUGAUGAGGAAUGAUGAAGGAUUUUGGGUUGCUUCUUGGGUGAUUGGAUUCUUCGAUGAUUACAGGGAUACUCAAUCAUAUCACAUCAUCACUGGUACGGCGUUUCGGGAUAGAUCCAGGGCGGCGCUACAGAAGUUUGGAAUUCAAGGACUAUGAACAAUUGACGUAGGACAUUGACCGUAGAUAGCUGAAUGGAGAACCUGAGAUAACCCUCGAAAGUAACGUAUGUUUGUAUUGUAAAAGGCUAGGCAGCAGAAGCCUGGACAUCUUACAGUGAGAAGACCACCCGUUGCUUCACGCGUGUUGGAUGUUGGGAACUCAAUCAAUAUGAGCGGGGUCGAAACAUCCUGCAGCAGGAUUCGGGUGUUCUAUCUCGAGAGAGAAGCUGGAAACCCGAGGAGAGGUCUUCC